UCUGACGCUCCGCGCUCUCCCCAAAAUUCUAUCAUCGCGAAUGGGCAGCGAAAAAUCGGCGAGCGUUUUCUCAGCGAUUUCAGUCGCUUUCAGAAGCAAAUCAGCAGCCAGCCAGCUCUCAUCUGGAUUUAAAUUUCAGCAGUUCAGUAAAAGUACUUGUGCCAGCAACGAGAUGACCAUUAAAGCGAUCAAGGCCCGUCAGAUCUACGACUCCCGUGGCAACCCCACCGUGGAGGUCGACCUGACCACCGACCUGGGACUGUUCCGUGCGGCCGUGCCCUCUGGUGCCUCCACCGGCGUCCACGAGGCUCUGGAGCUGCGCGACAACGACAAGGCCAACUACCACGGCAAGUCGGUGCUGAAGGCUGUGGGCCAUGUCAACGACACGCUGGGACCCGAGCUGAUCAAGGCCAAUCUGGAUGUGGUCGACCAGGCCGCGAUCGACAACUUCAUGCUGAAGCUGGACGGCACCGAGAACAAGAGCAAGUUCGGAGCCAAUGCCAUUCUGGGUGUUUCGCUGGCCGUGGCCAAGGCCGGUGCUGCCAAGAAGAGUGUGCCGCUGUACAAACACAUUGCCGAUCUGGCUGGCAACAAGGAGAUCAUCCUGCCGGUGCCCGCCUUCAAUGUGAUCAACGGCGGCAGCCAUGCCGGCAACAAGCUGGCCAUGCAGGAGUUCAUGAUCCUGCCCACCGGCGCCACCACCUUCACCGAGGCCAUGAAGAUGGGCUCCGAGGUGUACCACCACCUGAAGAACGUGAUCAAGGCCAAGUUCGGCCUGGACGCCACCGCCGUGGGCGAUGAGGGUGGCUUCGCCCCCAACAUCCAGUCGAACAAGGAGGCCCUCUGCCUGAUCACCGAUGCCAUUGCCAAGGCCGGCUACACCGGCAAGAUCGAGAUCGGCAUGGACGUGGCUGCCUCCGAGUUCUACAAGGAUGGCCAGUACGAUCUGGACUUUAAGAACGAGAAGAGCGACAAGUCGCAGUGGCUGCCGGCCGACAAGCUGGCCAACUUGUACCAGGAGUUCAUCAAGGACUUCCCCAUUGUCUCCAUCGAGGAUCCCUUCGAUCAGGACCACUGGGAGGCCUGGACCAACCUGACCGGCUCCACCACCAUCCAGAUUGUGGGCGACGAUCUGACGGUGACCAAUCCCAAGCGCAUUGCCACCGCCGUGGAGAAGAAGGCCUGCAACUGCCUGCUGCUGAAGGUCAACCAGAUCGGCACCGUCACCGAGUCGAUUGCCGCCCAUCUGCUGGCCAAGAAGAACGGCUGGGGCACCAUGGUCUCCCACCGUUCCGGCGAGACCGAGGACUCGUUCAUCGGCGACCUGGUCGUGGGUCUGUCCACUGGCCAGAUCAAGACCGGUGCUCCGUGCCGCUCGGAGCGUCUGGCCAAGUACAACCAGAUCCUGCGCAUCGAGGAGGAGAUCGGCGCCGGCGUCAAGUUCGCCGGCAAGUCCUUCCGGAAGCCGCAGUAAGCGCAGCAGGGACACUUCUAAAUUCCAACCACACCACCAGCCAACCCCCAACCAUCUGAUUUGAGAUCUGGAUCUUGGAGAGGAGAGAGAUUGGAGCUGGACGAGGAGGAAGAUCCAAAAAUAAAAAAAAAAACAAAGGAGGCGGCGGUGCACGUGUUCGUCAACAACCCUUUACUUUCGGAACUUGUGUCUGGCGCACAAACGAAUCAGAUUUAAAUUACCAAAAACCGUUUGCUGUCUCUAUGCUUCGUAAUUAGACAUUAUUAUUAAUGUUAAACCAUGAUCUAAUCAUUAUUUAUAAAACACGAAAAAAAAAAAACAAACUUCAACAGCUUGGAAUAUCUUUAAUGUUGUCGCUGUAAUUGUUUUGAAAUUAUAUAUUGAUCUACACAUAACCAACAAAACAAAAGACACAGUUACACACACAGUUAUUCACUUCAGAAAUGGUUACUAAAUUAUUGUUGAGACAUAGAAUUUAAGCAGAAAAAACCGUUGAAAUCAUUUACAUCGAGUGCACGGUGUUCAGUAGCCGAGAUCCCACUGGAAAAACAGUAAACAUAAUACUACACACAUGGAGAAUGCGUACAAAAAUUCAAUUUGUUAGUUGAUGUGAAAAAUACAAAUAAAAAUAAUGAAACCCA